GCGGCCCGGCGCUCGCUGCACACCAGCACCGGUCUCUCAGAGCGUUUAUUUUGUUUCCUCGAGGCACACAGCCAGCCUGACUGGCUGCGUGGUGGUGUGUCGAGAUGGUUCGGCAUUGGCGACUAAACUAACUCGUUGUCGUGAGCCUCACCGAGCGAACCGUGCUCAGAGCUGUCCUUCUUGGCACCCCGUCCAUCCUUGUCGGCUGUCUCAGCAGGUGAGAUCGACUCAACAGCGCUCGGGACAUGGGACAUCUUCGCUGAGCAGCUCCUUCUGUGAAGCCGAGGCCAACGACAUUCAAGGAACGUCAACACCACUCAUUUCUCUUUAUUUUAAAUAUCACCACCAAAGGCUCUGAUCCGCGGCGACUUGCGCGAUGAAGCGAAAAGUGACCCGUCCAAGGUCCAGGUUACCCGUCUACCUGGAAUUCGCGGAACGCCGACGACUGCAGCGGUGUUGGCGGCACUGUCCCUGACUUCGACGUUCCGGAAUUGACGACGAGUUUUGGUGCGCUCGUUUUGUUUUUAUUUCAUUCCUUAGUGUGGCCUGCUUUUGAAAGUGCACGUGCGUGUGUGUGUGUGCGGUGCCGCGCAGCUGUCGAAGUGGCUUAUUUUUCUUUUCCUUCGCGCGUCGUACCGGAGGAUGACGUGACGGACAUCUGCACGACUUCACAUCGUCGACGGGCGCCGUCGGUUCGAGUACCUUUCGACUGACAGUUGCUGCUUUCUUUUUCGCGCGCUUGUGGCAACCACUUUGUGGGAGUGUCGAUCGCUGACAUUCACGCCACAUCAUUUCAUCGGCUCUCUGUCGACAUUCACGCACACCGGACGCAAGAGGGAAUAGACUCAGCCAAAAAAGGAGGGUCGUACUUCAUGGUUUGGGGAUCUCCAUCCGGCAACGUCGUGUCGACGAGAAGGCGGUGGCAUGGCACGGUGGAAGAUGUGAAACAACGCGUCAUCCUGGGCACCGCCGCCGCCUCCACGGCGUUUGUGCCCGCUUCGAGGAUGGCCCGCGCAGGCCUGCUGGUGAUCGCGCUGGCCCUGGCGGGCCUGCCACCCACCGCUAUGUCCCUGGGCACGUGGAUCAACAUGGGCCUUCAGGGCAUCGACGUGCUACAGAACCCGCAGAUGUACGUGCUCGGAGCGCAUCUGCUGUGUGGCCAGCUGCAGCUGGGUCUGUCCCGAGGCCAGACCAAGCUGUGCCAUCUGUACGAGGACCACAUGCCCCACGUGGGCCGAGGGGCGCGCAUGGGCAUCGGCGAGUGCCAGCACCAGUUCCGGCACCGCCGUUGGAACUGCUCCACAGUGGCUGACACGAGCGUGUUCGGACCCGUGCUCAACAUACCGAGCCGGGAGGCGGCAUUUGCACACGCUGUGGCGGCUGCCGGCGUGGUGCACGCCGUGUCACGCGCCUGCCGCGACGGGCAGCUGGGCAGCUGCGGCUGCUCGAGCGAGCUGCGACCCGACAACCUGCACCGCGACUGGAUCUGGGGCGGGUGCGGCGACAACGUGGCCUACGGCUACCGCUUCACCGAGGGUUUCGUCGACGUCAGGGAGCGGGAACAGAACCACCCGCGAGGGUCGCUGUCCCAGGGACGGAAGCUCAUGAACCUGCACAAUAACGAAGCCGGCCGAAGGGCGGUGAUCCGGAAGAUGCGCCUGACGUGCAAGUGUCACGGCGUGUCCGGCUCGUGCUCGCUGGUGACCUGCUGGAAGCAGCUGGCGCCCUUCCGCGAGGUGGGCGACCACCUGAAGGACAAGUACGACAGCGCCACCGAGGUCAAGCUGAACAGGCGCGGAAAGCUGCAGGUGCGCCACCGCAAGUUCAACGUGCCCACGCUCGAGGACCUCGUGUAUUUGCACGAGUCGCCGGACUACUGCGUCUACAACGAGACGCUCGGCUCCCUGGGCACCACGGGACGUCGGUGCAACAAGACCUCGUCAUCCACCGAUGGCUGUGGUCUCAUGUGCUGCGGCCGGGGUUACAACAGCCACAAGCUAAAGCUGCGCGAGCGUUGCAAGUGCAAGUUCCACUGGUGCUGCUACGUGGAGUGCAAGACUUGCGUGAGCGUCAUCGAUGCGCAGACCUGCAAAUAGGGCACAACCUGUGGACAUCUUGUCACGAAUUUCGGGAGUGCCCUACCAAGUACGGCAAACAAUUGUCGUCGAGGCACAACCCCGGCCUUGAGUGAAAAAAAAAGUGAACAGUCGUCAGUCGACGUAUGCAUUUUUACGCGGUUCGGAGACCAGGAGGUCCAUCACAAACUACUUACGUCUUGUAUCUUAGUUCGUAGUUGACGUCAGUAUAUGCCUGGUGCACGUCGGACGAAAGCGGGUUUACGCGUGAAAGACAUUUUUCUAGCCUCAGUAGUGGGCUCCUUUUUACGGAAGAGAAAUUUCCUGAAGACUGCUUUUUUUUUUGUGGAAGGCCGCAUGCUUUAACAGUCAUGAGUGGAACAGCUGGACGUGUCCUGGAAGACCUUUUCUCGCAACGUUGGAUUGCUGGACCAAUGGUAGGACAUGCCUUCUGGCGAAUUGACUUGACCUUGGCGUUUUCGUCGCUCAGGCGGACCAUGGUCAAGCUCACGACGAUAAACCAAACCAAAAGCGACACCAUCACCAUCACUACAUUCGCCAGCAAGCCGCCAUUGCAAACUUCUGCUUCUGUGAAGAGACGUUAUGGAAGCGUGAGGAAAAAAUGACCAAGUAGUCGUAAGCUCCGCAUUGUUUCGCAGGGGAGAUGAACAGUGUCGGUGAGAUUUUUAGCUGUUCUGGCCCUGCAUCGUGCACCAACGACUAACAACGUCUUUUCAACGAUGCAGUGACCUAAUCACGUACUGUUGGCUCGAAUGCUGGAAAUAGUGCUGCAAAGACACCGAAGAAGGCUUGAGAUUUAUACAUUGAUGUAAUGAAAUUGUCCCUGUGAAAGUGGCAUCUUUUGUACGGCUGCUAUUGCAACCACUGAAACUUCCGCGGUAGGACUCACGAAUGAAGCAAAACCAUCAAUUGUUCUCAGAGACUCGCACUUUUCCUGGCGUUGCUGUGUCCCAUUUUUUUUCUUCACCAGCGUCCUACAUAAAGAUCGCUAUCAGCAUGUCAUAAAUGUUGCCUUGUAAAAGAUUCGUCUAACAAGGAGCUGCGUGCAUUGUUUUUUUUUCGUUUUGUUGUGUCCAUGUGCUGUUUUCGUGUCAAUGUACUUGCGUUUACCAAUGAUGAGAAAAAAAUAUGCCCCGAUUCAUUCACCAUAUUCACGUAGAUUAUUUAUUGUGUUUCCAGCAUGCACCACACUAUUUUGCCACGUUUGUGCCGCCGUUAGUGUUCCGUAGUUAUAAAGUGCCACGCUGUACUGUUCUUUGUUCCAUAUGUGCUUCGGAUGAUGUCAAGGUAUUCAUUACAGCCGCUAUGAAGACGUACUGAUAGACGACUUGGGUGCAAGUUUUUCGCCAUCAUCUUUCUUCAAUGAUGAGAUCACUUGCGUUUGUGAAGGCACCGGUGAUGCAUUGUCGUAUUUGCUUGCACUCCUGUCACAAAAACUGUAUACACAGUCACUGUAUACGCAGCGGUUCACGGUAUCCACAAACACUGGGCCAUACACGGAUAAGUAUCAGUCCUAUCAGUCAUAAUACGUGCGUCUCUGACUCUUUAACAAAGUGCUGAAAUGCCAUUCUGAAGGGGGAGUGCCCUGCACGUACAUGUAAAACGUCGUCAUUUGUAACAGCAAGUGUAACAAGCCCAUUAAUCAUCUU